AAGCGCUUCAGUGUUAGGGUUAAGUUUAGGUGGUUAGAGAAGCUGUCAUUCAACCAGCCAGCUGCCUCGUCUAGUCACGUGGUUUCCGAAAGAAUGUGUAUGGCGAGUCUCCCACGAAGCCUGCCUGUCGAGUCUCCCCCUUCUCUGUCUCUCGCUCUCCCUCCUCUGUCAGCAUAGUUUUGUAGUAGGCUCCGGAGAGAGAGUGAGACCAGGGCUGCUCCCUUUCGCCCCUGCUCCGCAUACAGCACCAGACAUUCCGCGCUAUGGCCACCACGGACGUUGACAUAUUCUCAAAUGAAGAGAAGCGUAACCUGAGUCUGGGCGGCCAUGUUGGGUUUGACAGCUUGCCUGAUCAGCUAGUCAGUAAAUCGGUCACACAGGGUUUCUGCUUCAACAUCCUCUGCGUGGGGGAGACGGGUAUUGGCAAGUCAACGUUAAUGAACACGCUCUUCAACACCAUGUUUGAGAAUGAGGAAGCUAGCCACUACCAGAAUGGCGUCUACCUGCGGCCGAGAACCUACGACCUCCAAGAAAGCAACGUCCACCUCAAACUGACCAUCGUGGACACGGUCGGCUUCGGUGACCAGAUCAACAAAGAGGACAGCUACAAGCCAAUCGUUGACUACAUCGAUACUCAGUUUGAGAACUAUCUCCAGGAGGAGUUGAAAAUCAAGCGCUCCCUGUUUAACUACCAUGACACCAGGAUCCACAUCUGCCUCUAUUUCAUAGCUCCCACAGGGCACUCGCUCAAAUCCCUGGAUCUGGUAACCAUGAAAAAACUGGACAGCAAGGUCAAUAUAAUUCCAAUCAUUGCCAAAGCAGACACAAUCUCCAAGAGCGAGCUCCACAAGUUCAAGAUAAAGAUAAUGAGCGAGCUGGUGAGCAACGGCGUCCAGAUUUACCAGUUCCCCACAGAUGACGAGGCCGUGACCGAGAUCAACGCCUCCAUGAAUGCCCAUCUGCCGUUCGCUGUGGUGGGGAGCGUGGAGGAGGUCAAAGUGGGGAACAAGACGGUCAGGGCCAGGCAGUACCCCUGGGGUGUUGUGCAAGUGGAGAAUGAAAGCCACUGUGACUUUGUGAAGCUACGGGAGAUGCUGAUCAGAGUAAACAUGGAGGAUCUCAGGGAGCAGACCCAUGCCCGUCACUACGAACUCUACAGACGCUGCAAGCUGGAGGAGAUGGGAUUCAAAGACACAGACCCCGACAGCCAACCAUUCAGUCUCCAGGAGACGUAUGAGGCCAAGAGGAAAGAGUUUCUCGGGGACCUCCAGCACAAAGAGGAAGAGAUGAGGCAGAUGUUUGUCAAUAAAGUGAAGGAGACGGAAGCGGAGCUCAAGGAGAAAGAGAGAGAGUUGCACGACAAGUUUGAGCAGCUGAAGCGGAUGCACCAGGAGGAGAAGAGGAAGGUGGAGGAGAAGAGGAGAGACCUGGAGGAGGAAAUGAAUGCCUUUAACAGGAGGAAGGUGGCAGCUGAAACCCUUUCCUUAUCUCAGCCUCUCAAGAAGGACAAAGACAAGAAAAAUUAAUUUAUGGGCGCUGCAUACCCCCGCCCACACAUGCGACCAUGGAUUUGUCUUCCAUCACCAUAGCAACGACAUUUGUUUAUUUUCUUGACAUUCCAUCAUGACAUUGUGCACAUGGACCAAAGGCACUGAGGAUGAUGAUGCUGAUGCUGAUGAUGAAGCCACAGGGGAAAAGUAGUGGAAAAAAUGGAGAGGAAAAAGAGAACAGGUGCUCACUUGCCAACAGUGACAUCUCAUUUAUUCAGGAUCACUCACUCUAUGACUUGGGACACUUUUUAUGCAUUCAUUGGCUUUGUUUUUCUAUAAUUGUGAUUUUAAGAUUUUCUUCUGUUGUUUUUGUUUUCUUUUUCACCUAUCAGCUAUUCCCAGUGGAGACAGAGGUUCAAACUCAAUGAUGGACAUUGAUGAUUCAUAAAUCUUUGGUACUGUAGUGCAACACACCUGGACUGUACAUUUCAAACUGUUUGACUUAUGUGUAAGAAGCAAAAAAACAAAAAGCCGUGUGCUUUAACAUAACAGGGUUGGCUAUUGGCUAACAGGGGUGGCAUGGUGGUGCAGUGGUUAGCGCAGUCACCUCACAGCAAGAAAGUCCUGGGUUUGAGCCCUGGGGUAGUCCAACCUGGUGGGUCAUCCCAGGUCGUCCUCUGUGUGCAGUUUGAAUGUUCUCCCCUUGUCUGUGUGGUUUUCCUCCGGGGGCUCCGGUUUCCUCCCACAGUCCAAAGACAUGUAGGUCAGGUGAAUCGGCCAUACUAAAUUGUCCCUAGGUGUGAAUGUGUGUGUGUGUGUGUGUGUGUGUGUGGGCCCUGUGAUGGACUGGUGGCCUGUCCAGGGUGUCUCCCCGCCUGCCGCCCAAUGACUGCUGGGAUAGGCUCCAGCAUCCCUGUGACCCCGAGUAGGGUAAGCGGUUUGGAUAAUGGAUGGAUGGAUAGAUAUUUGAGUUAAGAUUAUGCAGCACAGCUGUUAAAGCAAGCCCGUCCCAGAGGCCUCCCAUACUGUUGGAAACUGUUUGAAAUGUAUUUAAGUCCAGGUCUGGUCUGUCAAUUUUGGCUAAUUGUAGUUUCAAUAAAGCCCACUGAGGCAAAUUUGUAAUUUGUGAUAACGGGCUAUACAAAUAAAACUGACUUGACUUUCAGACCACGUUACAUGUUGACAGAUCAACGUUUUACAGUCGAUACUAAUAACCGUAAACCAGAUACUGUACUGAUUAUGUCCCAAAUAGGCUGCAGUCAUUUAUAGCAAAAAGAAAAGCAAAAAAAACAAAAACAAAAA